ACCCCACUUCAAUUUGUGAUCGACGACCUCAGCGGGCGGCUACUUCUUCCUCUCUCUCGUCUUCUUCUCUCAUCAUCAUCGUCGGUUCCACUCCCACCUCUCCUGCGUUUCAUUUCCAUUUCCAUGGCGCGGUCAACUCCACGGUAGUGACUAGUGACCUGGGCGACCACAUACACCCGCCAUCGAUCAUCGCUCUGCCGUCGACCGUUCGACCGAUCGUACGUGGCCAUGGCGAAAACCCUGCUGCUCCUGCUGCUCUGCGCCACGAUCGCCGCACGGGCGCACGCGCAGGCGCCUGCGCGGCCGGCGGAGGAGGAGACGCCGCCUGGGGCGGGCGUGAAGGUGUCGUUCCGGCCGAGCGUGGCCAUCGUGGUGGGCAUCUUCACCAUGAUCUUCUCCCUCACCUUCCUCCUCCUCAUGUACGCCAAGUUCUGCCACCCCGCCAACACGCCACUCCUCCCCGCCACCACCGCCAGCCCGUCCCGCCCACCUGCAACAACGGCAGAGGCCGCGGCGGCCUUGGAGGAGGCGGGCGCCGGCGUGGGCAAGGCGGUGAUCGAGUCGCUGCCCUUCUUCCGGUUCGCGGCGCUGCGCGGGGCGCGGCAGGGGCUGGAGUGCGCCGUGUGCCUGGCCCGCUUCGACGACGCCGACCUGCUCCGCCUGCUCCCGCGCUGCCGCCACGCCUUCCACCUCGACUGCGUCGACCGCUGGCUGCACUCCAGCGCCAGCUGCCCGCUCUGCCGCGCCCGCGUCCACCCCGACGACGCCGACCUCGGCCUCAAGUACGCCGCCGCCAGCGCGCGAUUCGUCUUCGGCGCAGCAGGCGACGACGCUACUGUCGGUGCGGCAGUGCCGUCGUCAGCAGGGUCCGGCCGCGACCUCCUCGCCGGCAUCUUUGUCGAGCGCGUGCCGUCGGCGCGCUUCGGUGAUGAUGAUGCCGGUGCUGCCGAUGAUUCUUGUAACAAGGUGGAGCUGGACCGGCACCGGCACCGCAUCGUGGUGUCUGACAGCGUGUUCAAGAGCCGGUGGAGCGACCUCAACUCGGCGGACCUCAUCGCGCUGGACACCGAGAUGCUGCGCUCCGUCUCCAGCGGCCGCUUCCCCUACCCGUACCCCUACCCCGACGACGACAUUAUCUUCGUGGGAGACGAGCACGACGAGGAGGAGCAACCUCGAAAGCCGGGCCGAGACGAUGACGACGGCGCCCGCAUGUCCAUUGAGAUUGAGAAGAAGCGGCUGCUGGACGUGGAGGUGGGGAGCGGCAGCAAGACAGGGCCCAGCCUGGGAGGGUGCGGCGGGUCGGAGGCGGUGGAGCCAUCGUCGGUGCGCGCGGCGUCGAGGCUGGUGUCGUCGGGCGUGCGGUCCAUGUCGGAGAUCGUGCGGCUGCCUCGGGUGGCGGUAAGGGCGACGGAGGAGGAGGAGAGGGCGCGGCACCGGUGGGUGCCCAUCGCGCGGCGGACGGCGCGGUGGUUCGCGGCCAGGAGCAGGGAGGAGGACGUCAACGCCGCCGACCGCCUCCGCCUCCGUGUGUAAUAAUGUAAUAAUGUGAAGAAGAGAAACUACGGCGGGCGCUGUCAAUCAAUCAGUGAGUCAGUCAACGGUUAAAUCAAUCCGGUGCUCAAGGAAGGCAAGCAGAUGACAAAAAUGUUUUGAGAGACAAGUCCUUGCUUUGACGACGAGAAGAAGAUGGUGAUCUGAUGUUGCACAUGUAUGCGUGUAUUGUUGUAUGUAUGUAGGAGUACGAUACAAUUGUGCAUAGGCUAGGUAGCUAGCACACAUGCAUGGAAUUACUAGCCAAUUAUUAUACUGAAAUGCCACAAAAAUUUACUAGCCAAUUAUUGUUGUAUGUA